AUGAGUGGGUAUGUCUUUGUUAGGAAGUUAGGAGAGGGAGAAUACGGACAGGUUGUUGAAGUGAUAAAUUAAAGAGAUUAGAAGAAAUAUGCAGCUAAAUAGAUUCCAUUAAAUUUAUUUUCAGAACAGCUUUUCUAAAGAUUAUAACUCUUGAAUCAUCCAAACAUUGUUAAAGUGUUCUAAUAUGAGAUCUGUAAUAAUUCUGCAUAUUAUUUAAUGGAACUAUUACAUGAAUAAUCACUAUAUAAAUACAUACGCAAUCAUUAAUUGGAAUUGGAAGCAAUUCAAUUUUAUUCAGCAUAAAUCAUCUUAGCUUUGGAUUAUCUACAUAAAAAUGAUGUGAUUUAUAGAGAUUUAAAGUCUGAAAAUCUAUUGCUUAUGAAGAAUGGAUAUCUAAAAUUAGUGGAUUUUGAUUUGAGUAAAUUGGUAAAGUAUCCUUAAAAGACAAAUACAUUAUGUGGAAGUCCAGGUUUUAUGGCUCCUGAAGCAAUUUAAGGAUAAGGUUAUAAUAAUAGUGUGGAUUAUUGGAGUUUAGGAGUAUUAUUGUAUGAGUUCUCAACUGGGGAACUUCCUUUUAAGGGCAAGACACCAUAUGAAGUGUAUUAAGCUAUUGUGAAUGAUAAAGUUGAAUUUCCAUAGUGCAUAGAUAAGUUGAUAUUGUAAUUAUUCUAAGGUCUGUAAAAUUAUUAAUUAAAUAAUUAUUGACUAAAAAUGCAUAGAAAAGAAUGAAAAAAGUGAAGAACUUUGAAUAAAUCCUAACAGAUUCAGAAGUUUAUUCUUCAUUAAACUUAAAUGAUUUAUAUAAUUAAAAACUAUUAGCUCCUUAUUAUCCUUGA